UCAAUUGGAAAAUCACGCUCGUUGAGCUGACAACCAAAUAACUUGCUCUCUUAUUUUUAAUAUUAUUUUAUUUUGUAACUUACAACUUUACUUUUUCUCACGUUUACUUAUAAAUUGGUUUUUGUUCAUAAAGAAUUUAUUAUUUUUAAUUAAAAAUGUCAGUUAACACAAGGACCAAAGCGGUUCGUGGUCCAAGCAGAAGUGUAGCGACCAAUGUCACCGUUCAGAAACAUCACGUUUCUCGGGAUAAACGUGGACAAGUUCUUGGCAAUGUGCGGGGAUUCCGUGGUUGUACCGUUUGGUUUACAGGAUUAUCCGGUGCCGGUAAGACGUCCGUGUCCUUCGAAUUGGAAGCGUAUUUAGUCGCCAGAGGAAUACCAGCUUACGGAUUGGACGGCGACAAUAUGCGAACAGGAUUAAACAGAGAUCUGGGAUUUAGCCCCGCCGAUCGAGAGGAGAAUAUUAGGCGCGUGGCUGAAGUGGCCAAAUUGUUCGCGGACAGUGGUGUUGUUACAUUGUGCAGUUUUGUGUCUCCAUUCCAACAAGACAGAGAAAUGGCCAGAAAGAUACACAAAGAAGCUGAUUUACCAUUUUUCGAGGUGUUUGUCGAUGCACCUUUAAGUGUGUGCGAAGAACGUGACGUCAAAGGUCUUUAUAAAAAGGCCAGAGCUGGUCAUAUUAAAGGAUUUACUGGAGUUGACCAGGUGUAUGAAAAACCAGACUCCCCAGAAUUAGUUCUUAAAACAGUUCAUUUAUCCAUAGAAGAGAGUACUAUGCAAGUAGUACAAAUGCUUGAAGAAAAUGAAAUAAUUCCUCUCCAAAUGAAUCGUGAUAUUGACCGCGUACCUGAACUAUUUGUCCCAGAAAAUGCAAUUGAAAAAACUAAAUCCGAAGCACUAUUACUUCCUCGACUUGACAUUGGAAAGAUAGACACACAAUGGGUACAAGUAUUGGCUGAAGGCUGGGCAGCUCCACUUGGUGGUUUCAUGAACGAAGAAGAAUAUUUACAAACUUUGCAUUUCAAUAGUUUUAGCGAAGAUGUUAAUCAAUCUAUACCUAUUGUUUUGCCCAUAUCCACUGAUAAAAAGGAACAAUUGUUUGGCUGUGAAGAAAUUGCUUUAUGGUAUAAUUCAAAACCAAUAGCAAUACUUCGUAAACCAUCAUUCUAUCCCCACCGUAAAGAAGAACGAGUAUGUCGUCAAUUUGGAACAUCGCAUCCCAAUCAUCCUUACAUAAAAACAAUUUAUGAAAGUGGUGAUUGGUUGGUUGGUGGUAACUUAGACGUCAUAGAAAGAAUCUUGUGGAAUGAUGGUUUGGAUGAUAUUCGUUUCACACCAAAUGAACUCCGUGCUAAAUGGAGAGAAAUGAAAGCAGAUGCAAUAUUUGCUUUCCAACUUCGAAACCCAAUACAUAAUGGCCAUGCACUAUUAAUGCAGGACACUAAGAAAAAACUUCUGGAACGCGGAUACAAAAAACCGGUUUUACUGUUACAUCCUCUUGGUGGCUGGACAAAAGAUGAUGAUGUUCCACUUCACGUGAGAAUUCUUCAACACAAAGCUGUACUUAGAGAUGGAAUUUUAGAUCCAGAAGCUACUGUUUUGGCUAUUUUUCCAGCACCUAUGAAUUAUGCUGGGCCUACAGAGGUGCAAUGGCAUGCAAAAGCUCGCAUGUCUGCAGGAGCAAACUUUUACAUUGUAGGUAGGGAUCCAGCAGGAGUUCCACAUCCAGAUACUAACAUAUCAGGUGAUUUAUUUGAUCCCACUCAUGGUGCACGUGUGUUGACUAUGGCACCAGGUCUGUCAGACUUAGAAAUUAUUCCCUUUCGUGUAGCAGCCUAUGAUAAAACAAAAAAAGCCAUGGACUUUUAUGAUUCUGCACGACACAAUGAUUUCAAUUUCAUUUCUGGCACGAAAAUGAGAGGUCUAGCCAAAGAUGGCAUUGAACCACCUGCUGGGUUCAUGGCGUCUUCAGCCUGGGAAGUACUGGCCAGCUAUUACAAAUCAUUGAACAAACUUUGAAUAAGAUUUUAUUUAUUUAUAUUUGUCCAUAGUAGACGGUGGACAUUCCUAUUUUAAUUAACUAACAAUCCCUCCAUUCCUUUUUAAAUUUCUUUACUUCUAUGUAUGUGAAUUAUUUUAAUUUUUUUUGUUAUUGUAUUUAUUAUUAUUUUGGUGCGUUGAAUAAUAUAUUGGUAGUAUGUAGAAUAGCUUUUUAUUAUUGUUAUACUAUACUAUUAUAUAUAUUAUAAUAAUAAUUUUAAAAACAAAAAUAUUUGAAAAAUGACAGUAGUAAAUUUAAUUUUGUUAGUUUAAUUACAGCCAUAGAACUAAAAUUACUAAAGUGAAUAACAAUUACUUAAUUGUAUAACUUAUAAUUUCUAUUUAUUGUAAUAAACAAUUAAAGAA